GGGGCCGUCCACUUGGGCCAUGAGGCGUUGGCGGCGUCGCCGAGGGCCGCGUCGGGGGUCGGCCCAGUGCCUGGGGGCGGAGGGCGGCGGGUGGCGCGGCGUCUCCCGCAGCAAGGCCAGGAAGGAGCCUCCGGCCCCGUCGAGCUGCUGCAGCUUCUCCGGCCUGGAGAGCCCACCUCCGCCUGCGCCGCCAAUGGCCCGCCCCCGCCGCCGCUGCAGCCCCGGGCGCUUCUUCUCCGCGGCCGAGGCCUACAGCUCCGAGCCGGAGGCGGCGGGCGGCGAGGGCCCCUUCAGGGCCGGCGAGGAGGAGGAGGAGGAGGAGGAGGAAGGGGGGCGGCUCCCGGAGCGGAAGGGAGGCAAGAGCCGGGCCUCGCUGCCGCCCAGCCGCCGCCGCCCCCCGCAGCACCCCAAGGGCUCUCCUCCGCGGCGCCUGGCGGCCUGGCAGCCCCACUUGGCCGGCGAGGGCUGCGCCACCCCCGGCACCACCACCUCCUGCACCACCCUCUAUGGCGGGGACUUCCAGCAGCUGCAGCAGCAGCAGCAAGGCCCCAGCCGCUCCCCGGUGGGACGCAGCGGGAGCCGGCUGGAGGAGCUGCUCCUGCUCCGCGAGGAGCCCUGGGCCACCCCCGUGGGCUUCCCCGCAGACUUCCCCACCGACGCCAGCAAGGCCCCCUCGCUCUGCCCGUCCUCCUUCUCCUUCUCCCAGCUGGACCACAGGGCCAAGAUGGCGGCCCCGGGGGAGAGGGAGAGGGCGAGGAAGAAGAAGGAGCCCCCGCUGCAGCAGCAGCAGCAGCCGCUCUCCUCCAGGAAGGAGUGGCAGGAGCUCUGCGAGAGCAGCCCCAGCUUGGCCGACCUCAUGCACUCCCUGAAGCAAUACGAGGAGGAAGACAGCCCCUACGCCGGCCCUGACUCCAGGGCCCAUCAGCACAGCCACCGCCGCCCCCAUCAUCCCCAUCCCAAGCCCAGGAAAGGGGGCCCUCGCCUGGCCCUCCAGGACCUGAUGAUGGACAAGCGCUACGAGGAGCUGCUGCUCCCCGAAAGGGACAAGAAGAUCGCCGCCCUGAUGCUGGCCAGGCACCAGGAAGAAGAAGAGAUGAAAGACCGGCAGCUGGAGGUUUCGGAGGCCUGGGAGAAGAUGAGGCAAAAGGAGAAGAAGCACAAGGCCCGGCUGGAGAAAGAGAGGCAAUACCAGCUGGCCGACAGCCUGGACCAGUGGCAGCGGGACCGGGACCGGAGGAAAUCCAGGCUCAAGUUGGAGGAACAGCAGCUGGUCGCCGCCCGGGAAAGGGAGAUGAUGCUCCGGGACAAGAAGUGGAAGAAACUGGCCAAAGAACAAGAGUGCAGGCGCCGGGAGAGAAGCGAAAACGCCCGGCUUCAAGCCGAGUAUCGGAAACGCUCUCAGGAAAAGCAGCUCUGGGAGAAAAGGCUAAACGAGAGGAGCGCCCAGGAGCACAACUCCUACGCUUACAAAGAGAAGAUGAUGCAGGCCCUGGAGAAGAGGCUGGUGAAGGAAAUGGAAAGGAAGAGGAGGAAAACGGACAUGAACGAAUACAGGAGAGCCAGGCACAUCCAGGCCAAGGAACAAGUGGACGACAGGAUGAAAGCCGAUGAGCUGUACAAGAGGCUCUGCAUUGAACAAAAGCUUCAGAGGUCUCAGGAGAUCCUCGAACAGCUUCUGGAAGAGAGGAACCGAGAACUGAAAGAAAAGAGCUUCAAAGAGGAAGAGCAAGGCAUGAUUGCCAAGGUUAGAGCGAAGGAGACGGAGGAAGAGAAGAGAAGGCGUAAGGAGAUGCUGCUGCAGAUAGCCGAGAUGAAGAUCCAGCAGGCCAGAGAAAUCAUGUCCAAAAACAUCGAAGACAGAGCGCAGCGGAUGAAAGAAAUUAACUGCAUGAAGGAAAGGAACCACCACAGCCGCAAACAGAAGCUUGAUUAUGAUGAAAAACGUAACCUGCGGGUGUUGCAAGAAGUGCUGCGACGGAAAGAUCAGAAAAGCAAUCAGAUCCUACGACAGAAAGACACUGCUAUUGAAGAGUCUAGGAAAUUAGCCCAAGCAUCUUAUGACCUUAGAGAAAAAGUGAGAAAUCUGAUAAACCAUAAUUCAUUUGACCAGAUGGCACUAGAUGCCCAUCGUAACGCAAGUCUCCUUCGAGGCCUCUAGUGAAGUUUAACAAAACAUCCCAGACUGUCUUGUGUCCCCCAAAAGAUGGUUGUAAUGUGUUCGUUUUGUAGAAUUCUGCAUUGCUGUACACUAAAGUGGUUUCAGCCUUAA